AUGUCUGCACACACGGGAGUCGGCUUUGUGCCAACCAAGCGCUACGACACCUACCCCGCCAUCGAUCCGAUCAAAUCCACUUUGACGGGCAAAGUCGUGCUCAUCACGGGCGCAUCGCGGGGGAUCGGUAGGCCAAUGGCCAUCGCAUUCGCGCAGGCGGCGGUUUCUGGACUCGUCCUCCUUGCGCGCUCGGACACUGCGACCACUGAGGCGGCAUGUCUGGCGGCGCAGCGACCCGGACAUUCGCUCAAGGUCUUGACGCUUGCGGUCGAUAUUACGAACUUAGAGCAGGUCUCCGACGCAGCCAGGCGAGUCGAAGAGAUGUUCGGACGCCUUGAUGUCAUAAUCAACAACGCCGGGUACGCGGAUCCUUGGAAGACGAUGGGUGAAACGGACCCCAACGAGUGGUGGAGGACAUGGGAGGUCAACAUGCGAGGGACGUUCAAUGUCACACACGCGUUCCUCCCUCUCCUCACCAAGUGCGGAGGCGACAGGACUAUCAUGAAUCUAGUCAGUGCAGCGGCACACUGGGCCAUAAAACACUGCUCGGCAUACCAGACGUCCAAGUUUGCGCUGAUGCGGUUCACGGAACUUCUCAUGGAGGACCACGGAGAUCAGGGUGUCCUUGCAUAUGCAGUCCAUCCUUGCGCAACGCCGACUGACAUGAAUGCGGAUUUGCCUGAAGAGGUGAAGAAGAGACUGAUCGACACUCCGGAACUGGCCGCGCACAGUAUAGUGUGGCUUGCAAGGGAGCGGAGGGAAUGGCUCGGCGGCCGCUACGUCAGCACGCAGUGGGACGUCGACGAGCUACUACAAAAGACGCAGGAAAUCGUGAAGGGGGACAAGCUGAAGUUUAGGAUGGUCGUGUGA